AUGAACCCUCCCGAACAACCUACAAACAACAGCGGUCAGCCUAGUAGCUCUGGUGCGAAAACAAUUUCACCAAAAGCAAGUUACGGUAACAUUGCGCAAUUAUGGGUCGGCGACGGCGCGCCAGGCUUUGUAACAUGCCCGCAAUGCCAAUAUGUUGAAGGCGUCUUGAACUUCCAUCGCCAUUUCGUUGACACUUGCAAUGCCCUUCUUGAUCCUGCAACACCGCAAGAAAGCCGGUCCAUGUCACCAACAUUGCCUGCUCAACAACCUCGUUCUGCCCACCGCCGCGCACAUCCACAAUAUCUAGCUUUACACGCAGUAGCAGCGCCAGCAGUGGUCCAGCAACAGGUUCAGCAACAGCAGCCCGAGCUACAGCUGGGAGCGAUGGACGUUGAUGAACAACAAGAACGGCAACAGCAAUCGCCAGAGCAACAACCGGUACUAAUGGAUGUUGACAACGAUGAAGAAGCGCCAAUGGCUCAUGAGCGUGCUGCUUUGAUUGGCAGAUUGGGUCUUAUUAUUGACCGUACGAGUGGCCUGCUUUUCUGUUCCAACCGGAACCACGAUAACCGAUAUGUGUUUAUUCCAACGACUGAAGCAUAUAGCCAUAUCCAGUCAGCCCAUCGUAUGCUCGCUCCCAGUAUUAAUCAAUACUCGCAAGAAGAAUUCACCAAUCUACUGUAUGCCCAAGGUGCCAAAGGAGUUGAUGUGACAAACAAAUACCGGUAUGCACAGCAUCUUACCACCGAACUGCUUCCUCGCGUUGGUGUACUUGGUGAUCCUGAGCCUGGAUUCGCAUGCAACCAUUGUGGCUACUACUGUAAAGCGGCAGCAACACGUCGUCAUCACCAUUGUCCUGUCUCAUCCACCGGAUCCUAUGAUGAACGUUUCAGCCGCUGUCUGGUGCAAAAACUCGGUGCACGUCAAGAUAUGCCAUAUUUUGGCGUCUUAUCCAACAACAUCAACAUCGAGAGUAACAACCGCCUACUUUCUACUGCCCCAGAUGUUCUUCGUGCCGCAUUGCAGCGUUGUGCUAGUGAGAACAUGAACGUCUUGCAGCAUUAUGGCGUUCAGCACCUAAAUCGCGAGCCCAACACGGCUGAGCGCCGUGCAGUUGGACGCUUCCACGAGAUUAUAAAUCUAUGUCGGACACGUUUAAGCAGGGGAAAGCAAAAUGACAAUGACAAACUCUUUUUGGAAGAGUGA